GAGGAGACGCCCUCCCGCCGCCCGCCGCCCGCCCCGGGAGAGGAGGCGGCCCUGGGCCCGGAGCCGCCCCUCCUGCAGCCGGGGAACAAACGGGAUAUUCAGCGCCGGCCGGCGGCUGCAGCGCGAGCCCCGGGGGAAGUUCGGCGUCGAGUCCGCCCGCGGCGCGAUCGCCUCCAGCAGCGCCCGCAAGUCCGCCCGCGGCGCCCGCCGGCUGCCCGCACCCGCGGCGGCGAGAGACCGGGGCGCGGGGUGCGCGUGCGGCCGUGGCCGGGGCCAGCCUCGGGGGCAGCCCCGAGCGUCCGCACCGGCCAUGAGGGGCGCGCGCGCCUGGGCCCCGCUCUGCCUGCUGCUGGCCGCCGCCGGGCCGCUGUCGCGGCCGCAGACCCCCGAGAGACCUGUUUUCACAUGUGGUGGCAUUCUUACUGGAGAGUCUGGAUUUAUUGGCAGCGAAGGUUUUCCUGGAGUGUACCCUCCAAAUAGCAAAUGUACUUGGAAAAUCACAGUUCCAGAAGGAAAAGUAGUCGUUCUCAAUUUCCGAUUCAUAGACCUCGAGAGUGACAACUUGUGCCGCUAUGACUUUGUGGAUGUGUACAAUGGUCACGCCAACAGCCAGCGCAUUGGGCGCUUCUGCGGCACGUUCCGGCCUGGAGCCCUUGUGUCCAGUGGCAACAAGAUGAUGGUGCAGAUGAUUUCCGAUGCCAACACAGCUGGAAAUGGCUUCAUGGCCAUGUUCUCCGCUGCUGAACCAAACGAAAGAGGGGAUCAGUAUUGUGGAGGACGCCUUGAAAGACCUUCUGGAUCUUUUAAAACCCCCAACUGGCCAGACCGGGAUUACCCUGCAGGAGUCACUUGUGUGUGGCACAUUAUAGCCCCAAAGAAUCAGCUUAUAGAAUUAAAGUUUGAGAAGUUUGAUGUUGAGCGAGAUAACUACUGCCGAUAUGAUUAUGUGGCUGUGUUUAAUGGUGGGGAAGUCAACGAUGCAAAAAGAAUUGGAAAAUAUUGUGGCGAUAGUCCACCUGCGCCAAUUGUUUCUGAGAGAAAUGAACUUCUUAUUCAGUUUUUAUCAGACUUAAGUUUAACUGCAGAUGGAUUUAUUGGCCACUACAACUUCAGGCCAAAAAAACUGCCAACAACUACAGCACCACCUGUCACCACCACAUUCCCUGUAACUACAGGUCUAAAACCCACCGUGCCCCUUUGUCAGCAAAAGUGUAGACGGACGGGAACUCCAGAGAGCAAUUAUUGUUCAAGUAACUUUGUAUUAGCCGGCACUGUAAUCACGACCAUCACCCGAGGUGGGAGUCUGCACGCCACAGUCUCGAUCAUCAACAUCUAUAAAGAAGGAAAUCUGGCGAUUCAGCAGGCCGGCAAGAGCAUGAGUGCCAAGGUCGUGGUGGUCUGCAAGCAGUGCCCUCUCCUCCGCAGAGGUCUAAAUUACAUUAUUAUGGGCCAAGUGGAUGAAGAUGGGCGAGGCAGAAUUAUGCCAAACAGCUUUAUCAUGAUGUUCAAGACCAAGAAUCAGAAGCUUCUGAAUGCCUUAAAAAAUAAGCAAUGUUAACAGUGAACUAUGUCAAUUUAAGCUGCAUUCUGUCGUUGCUUUUAAAUGAUUUAUUUUUUCUCAGUAGGAAAAAACUUGUAAAAUUAAAUGUUGAGCAUUCUGAAAAAUUGGAUUAAUUUACUCUUCACGUGCUGUAGGUAUAAAACCUCCCAUAUAGCUGAUGGAAUUUCUGUGCCUGCACUGACAGAAGCAGACAUCUGAUUGAAAACCUGCCAACUUAGCACAAUGAUAGGAAACUAAAUGUGUCAAGUGUUGACAGCUUGGAAGCAGUUUAUUUAUACAUCUCUGUAAAAGGAUAUUUUAGAGUUGAGUUGUGUGAAGAUGUAAAAAAAAGAUUUUAUAAGUGCAAUAUUUAUAGUGAUAUUUGUUUUACCUUCAAGCAUUUGCUCCAAGGUGUUACAUUCAUCUCUUCCUUUUUUUAAA